UGUGAAUCGAAUCUUGACAAAAUAAACUACAAUAGCACUGAAUUUCGAAAAAGAUGCGCAAAGGUUUACAGUGACACGAGAGCAGAACUCCAGGCAGCUUCAGAUGAAUUUGACGACUCCAAGACAAAAUACUCAAAGGAGAACUUGGCAUUAGAAAAGGAGCUAAAUGAUGCACUAGCAGAAGUUAGCACACUAUCUCAGGAGCUCAAGGAGGCCAAGAGACGGCUUGAGGAUUUGCAGAAAGAGCACGCCUCUAUGACAAAAGAAAAGACAGAAAUGCAGAACCAAAUUAUCCAGAUGAAGAAAAACUGGGAUGAGCUCCAUAUUGAGUAUACUGAUCUCUUCAAAGCAAAGACUGACCUCCAGAUUGAGCUAUAUUCUACCAAGAACAGUUUGGAAGAGAUAAUGAGUGAUCACAUCACUCUGACUGGAGAGAAGCAAGACCUGAGUUCCCAAAUGCAUCAGAUCUAUGAAGACUUGGAAGAGCUAAAGAUGGAGUACUGGAGUAUAAUGGGCGAAAAGAAAGAAACAGAGGAUGAGCUCCGCAAGUCAGAAAAGGAGUUGGAAGAGCUCAAACUAAACCAUACAAAGCUGCAUGAAGAGAGUACAGUACUUGAAAAACAGCUAAAUGAAACCAGGGACAACUGGAAUGAUGUACAAGAUAUGUAUACUGCAAUCAAAAAAGAGAAGUCCGCUAUCCAGAGUGAGCUUCGAUCAGUGCUAAGUGGUAAAAACAAGAACUGUCCAGACGACUGGCAGUACUUCAGUGGGAAGUGCUACUACUUCUCGAAUGACUACUUGAACUGGACGGCCAGCAGAGACGCCUGCGUGACCCAAGGUGGCCAUCUUAUGAUAAUAGACAAGAAGGAAGAACAGGAUCUUGUGAGGCAGUUUGGCGGGGGGUUCUGGAUUGGCUUAAGUGACCUGGAGAACGAGGGUGACUGGCGCUGGAUGGACAACACACAGAUACGUGAAGACACAUUAUUCUGGGAAGAGGGGGAGCCACAUAAGGAUUACGAAGGCGAAUACACCGAUUACUUCGACAACGAUAACGACUGCGUGAUGAUCACCUGGAAGAAUAAAGACUGGGACGAUAUCUCUUGCACGGCCCAGCACAAGAGGAUAUGUGAAAGCAAGGCGGUAGACUAGAUGCGGUAGAGGGCUGGUGUAACAGUUGGGCAUUUUAGGACCAGUUGUUCUGUCGAUAUGGGCUGUAAGUCAAGGAUCCUGGCCUUGUUAGUGAUUGGAUACUCUUUGGCGAACUCCGCGGAUUAUCCAAUCACUGUGCAUUUUGUGUCCUAGCAAGGCCAGGAUAAUUGAGAUACACUCAUGGUCUACCCAUCAAACAGAGUUACAAACUAUUCCUGGACCACCUUUCUUUAAAGCGCUGUUGCUAACAGCUUAGCAACUUAUAGGUUGCUAAUGGAAAAUUGCAUUGCAACCAAACAAGUUGCCAACUUUAGUACCAAUGUUGUCAAGAAACGCACCCCAGAAUCAAUGGUUAUGAUUUGGGCUAUGUUGACCUGCAGCUGGUAGUUUUUUUGAUGAAGCAGCUCAUUUCGACAGAACAUGCACAACUGAAAUGAAAAUAGCUCAAUCUUCAUAAUGGAACAAUUGCAGAGGGCAGUGUUGCGUGGUUCUGAAAUGCAUCCUGUUGUCUUGUAUGAUAUGGUUAUCAUAUUCUUGUAUUAACUUGUCAUUGCAACCACCCAUGAUUUUCAACCACUUGUACCAAAAAAACGAUACACUCCCUACCUCUGUUUACUGUUGAUGUUGUGUAUUUUUUAUACAAGCUCAAACUUUUGUAAAUACUGUAAAUGAGUAUUGUUUCAGUGUUUUUCCAUUGUUGUGUCUUCAAUAAAGGGAGGAAUUGUGCUUUGUCACUCCUUUA